AUGGCUCCUACCUCCCAAGGCUCGUCCUCGCGCUCUAACGACGGCGACUCGCGCAAUCCUCCCCCUUCCUCGUCCUCAUCUCGCGCCCCACCAUCCGCGUCCUCUUCCUCCUCAUCCUCCCGCCCAGCCGGUCCCUCCUCUCCAUCAGGCGUUCGCUUCAAUGACCCCAGACCAGAUACAGGCCGCGCCCGCGCUCAAAGCAACGUCGGAGCCAAGUUGUUGAAGAAGCGGCAGAGUGUCGCGUACAGCGCUCAUCCGGCAUACGAGGCAGGCUCUGUACCGGCUGUUCCCAGCUUGCCAAAGCUAGGACCGGUCGCUGGGUCGGUCGAGCGGGUCCCAACGCCGACGGGAAUGGGAGGAGGCGCGGCUGUCUUGCCAGGUCUUGCACCUUUCGCGGCGAGGGCACCCUCGCCAGCAGCGCAGAUCGGAGCAUUGGCAGUGAAGGAGCGGCAGGAGCAGCCUCAGGCGCAGGCGCAACCCCUUUCGGCGCGGAACGAGGCAGAGAGUCAGCUACUCGCGACGGGACUCGAUGUCGACCAGCUUGCAAGCGAGGGCUUCAAGCCGGAAGACUUUCUGAAGCAGAACCUCCCAGGCGGACGAAGCGACGCACCGGCUCAGAUGGACGACCUGCGGCGACUGAAAGGCCGUCUCGAGGGUGCGAUGAAGAUUGCGGAGACGGAGCUGCAGAAGAGCGUCUUCAACAACUACGCCGACUUUGUGCUCAUCUCGAAAGAGAUCGCGACGCUCGAGAACGAGAUGAUCGAGCUGAAGGGCGUCUUGGAGGAAUGGCGAGCGGUGCCGGAGUUGCUCGAAGGCGGUUCGGGGGACGAUGACUUGCUCAUGGGCGGCGCCGCUGGCCGACGCGCCCAACGCAACUCGAUCGCCGACCUCGCAACCCUCUACAAAUCGCAGCUCUCUGCUCUCUGGGAGAACGUCGAAGGCUCGCAAAAGUUCCUCCCCUACACGCCCGGCCGACACAUCAUCACCGAAGCGCCCUCUUUCGUCGAGCUCAACCCGGCAACGUACAAGCCUAGACAGCCUGUCCACCUCGUCUUGCUGAAUGACGCGAUGCUCGUCAGCGUCAAGAAACGGAGAGGACCGGGCAUAGGUGGACCCGUCAGGCUUGUCGCGGAAAGGUGCUUCAACCUGAGCGAGAUUGUGGUGGUCGACUUGAAGGAUGGCGGAGACCUGCAGAACGCCGUUAAGAUCAAGCGCGGCAAGGAGACGAUCAUCUUCCGAACGGACAAGCCCGAGGAAAAGAAGAUGCUCCUCCUCGCCUUCAAGAAGGUCGCCGAGGAGCUGAUGAACAAGAAGCGGAAAGAGAUGCUGAAUGAGGCAGAGGCUCGAAAGGGCGACCCAUCGAGCCUGCGAGGCUACCGCGACUACGAUGGCUCUUUCUCCUCGUCCAACUUCAACCCCGCCGCAGCACUUGGCCUCGUCUCGGGCGACGUGCCGAGUCGAGACCUGUCCUGGAUUGGCGACUUCUCCGACGAGCUCGCAGUCGACAUCUCGACGCGGGAGUUUGAGGAUGCUGUCGUGCUCAUCGAGAAGGGCAAGUCGAUCCUCCCCAAGAUCAGCGGCGACGCGCACGCCUCUCAGCUCUUCCGCUCCAAACUCGACUCCCGUACCUCCGAACUCGUCUCCGCCCUCCUGAACGACCUCUCCGACCACUCAAUCCGCAAAUCCGGCGUCGUGCGAACCACCUCCUGGCUUCUCCGUCUCGGGCAGGGCGAGCGCGCCCGCGAGACGUUCCUCAGCGCUCGCGGUGCACUCGUGAGGAAACGCGCGAGGCAGAUCAAGUUUGAAGGAGACAUCAGCAUGUACAUCUCGGAGCUUGCGAUGGUUUGCUUCACGCUCAUCAAGAAUACGUGCGAGUGGUACAUGGCGGCUUUCAAGGACAACUCGAUGGCUUCCGGCUUCGUACGGUGGGCGAGCGAGCAGGUUGAGAUCUACGCCGAGACGUUCCGACGACAAGUCUACGGCGCAGACCAGAACGGCAAGGUCAUCGAGGAGUCGCUCGAGGUGACCAAGGCGCACGGCGCGAUGUUGCGCGAUGUCGGUCUCGACUUCACCUUUCUUCUCGACGGCCUCUUACGACCCCAAAGACCAAACACCACGACCGCACGCUCAUCCUCCUCCUCCACCCGUUUGCGCGACGAUGCCCUCUCCGGCUCACACCUCCGCCCUCCCAAAUCCUCUGCUUCAGCAGCGCCCACCUCAGCCGUGGCGAUGGCGCGACAGAGUAUCUUCCUUCAGCAGGGCCAGGCGGGCGUGGGAAACGGCGUGCCGAGACCGAAGGAGGUGCUCAAGGCGGAGGGGGAGGACGGGAGAGGGAGACCUGCGAGUGGGGCAGGAUUUGCGAGAGAUGAUGCGGUUGGACAGGCGCAGUAG